AACCGUUGCAAAGGAAACGAACUGUGACCUGCACCUCAGCAACAGAAUGAGUUCAAAGGGGGGCGGCACUGCCCUGUCCCGCCGGAACUAUCGCCUGGCUUCUGACACAGACAAGCCCAAAGCUACCGGUAUUGUCAAUGAGAAACUGUUAAGUGACUACUUGCACCAUGUAUUCCCCUCUUCCAGCAAGCAGGGACCUGCAUCAGCAGCCUACAGAAAAACUCUGAGCUUCCAGGACCUUGGGGCCCACCUGGAGAGGCUGUUGUCUGAGGACGAGCCUGCUGACGAUAGUAGAGGUCAGAUUGAUGGACGCCUUGGACCUGCUACUGUUGUUUUAGACCACACAAGUGGAUUUGAAGGCCUCCUAUUUGUAGAUGAUGAUCUCCUCGGAGUAAUAGGGCACAGCAAUUUCAGCUCCAUCAGAGCAACUACAUGUGUUUUCAAAGGGAAAUGGGUGUAUGAGGUCCUCAUCUCUUCACAAGGACUGAUGCAGAUAGGAUGGUGUACGCUCAACUGCCGAUUCAAUCAGGAGGAAGGAGUGGGCGAUACACCAGAUUCAUAUGCCUACGAUGGGAACAGAGUUCGUAAGUGGAAUGUCACCACCACCAACUAUGGCAAGUCCUGGGCUGCUGGGGAUAUAGUGAGCUGUUUGAUAGACCUGGAUGAGGGAACAAUAACAUUUUGUCUGAAUGGACAGUCCCUUGGUGUAGCUUUCAGUGACAUAAAGAUGGGCCCAGGCAUAGCUUACUUUCCUGCCAUCAGUCUGUCGUUCAAAGAGUCUGUAGCAUUCAACUUUGGCAGCCGGCCUCUCAGGUACCCUGUGGAGGGCUACCUUCCCCUUCAGAACCCACCAACUGCUGACCUCAUUAAAGCACACAGACUCCUGGGCUACAUAAAGACAGUGCUUUCUACUACCAUAGACACACAGGAGGAGAAGGUAGUAGAGAGGGAUAGCUCAGCAUGGCAACUUCAAGGAGAGCCCACAGUCCUGGUCACACUUGCUCAUAUUUUCAACUACUUUGCUCCGCUCAUGUGUAAAGUCUACCUGGUGGAGGACGUCCUAAUGAAUUUCUUACUGAGUAUAUUGGAAGGCGGUGGUUCGGUCGAUGAACAUCCUCUCAUUCAGCAGCUCCUGGACCUCUUCUGGCUUCUAAUGGAGGACUACGAGGUGAAUGAAUGCCUGAAGCAGCUUAUGAUGUCUUUGCUGAGGGCCUACCGAUUCUCCCCUAUCAUCCCUGACCUAGGCUUCCAGAUUCAUUACCUACGCCUGACCACUGCCAUCCUACAUCAUGAAAAGUCCCGGAAGUACCUUCUCAGCAAUGUCUUAUUUGACGUUCUGCGGUCCGUGGUCUUCUUCUACAUUAAAACCCCUCUGAGAGUGAAGGAGGCCGGAUUGGAAGAGCUCAUCCCCACCACUUGGUGGCCAACGCGUUUUGAUAAAGAGGGAAAAGACGAGAGGGACAUAAAGGAUGAGACUGCUGAGGAAAGACUAAGGCGUCGAGCAUACGAGCGUGGCUGUCAGAGGCUUAAAAAGAGGAUUGAGGUGGUGGAAGAACUACAGGUUCAGAUCUUGAGGCUGAUGUUGAACAACAAGGACAAAGGGACGGGGGAGGCUUCAAGAUACAUUUUCCUGAACAAAUUUCGCAAGUUUCUCCAAGAGAAUGCUAGCAAUCGAGGGAAUCCCACAGUCCUGUGUCCACCAGAGUACAUGGUGUGUUUUAUGCACCGCCUCAUCACGGCUGUCAGGAGCUACUGGGACGAGGGAAAGAGGAAGAGCCCAGACUAUGUCAGCAGUGAAGAGGCCUAUGUUCCCCCGCAGCUCUUCUACAAUGGAAAGGUGGACUACUUUGACCUGCAGCGUUUGGGAGGACUGCUGUCUCAUUUGAGGAAAACACUCAAAGAUGACUUGGCCACCAAAGCUAACAUAAUCAUCGACCCAGCAGAAAUCCAGGCCGCAUCUAUGGAUGACUUGGAUGAAGAUGAGGAGAACGGAGCUGCUCAGGUAACAAGGCCGUCUGGUGCCGUGGCAAUGGGCGGGGCGCUGGGCAGACCCAGCUGGCUGAGUUCUCCCACCCUGGGACGAGCCAAUCGCUUUCUCAGCACUGCUGCUGUCAGCCUUAUGACCCCACGGCGACCUCUGGCCCCCCCUGAGAAGGUCAAAGUGCGUGCUUUAGCUGUGGAGCAGAGGACUGAGGAGGACAUUGAGGGAAGCCAUGGUAACGAUGGGUUGUUGCUGGGGCGACCAAUGGAAGAGCCCGACCAACCAAUCACAGAGAAGUCCCUGCUGGAGAUACUAGAUGGGAUUGUGAUGAUGUACAAUCUGAGUGUUCAUCAACAACUGGGCAAGAUGGUUGUGGUAUCUGAUGAUGUCCAUGAAUAUGCAGUUGCUCUGAAAGAUACUGAGGAGAAGAUUGCUCGAUGCCCAAGCAGGAGACCUGAUAUUUUAGAGGAGUUACAGAAGAGCCAAAAAGUGUUUUCUGAGAAGCUGAAUCACCUAAGCCGUAGGCUUGCCUGGAUCAAUGCCACCAUCUACUCUAAGGAGAAGAUGCUGGACAUUUACUGGCUGCUGCGGGUGUGUAUCCGCACCAUUGAGCAUGCUGAUAACACAGGCUCUCUGUUUGCCUUUGCUCCUGAGUUCUACCUCAGUGUGGCGAUGAACAGCUAUAGUGCCCUCAAAAACUACUUCAGCCCCUCCAACAGCAUGGACGAGCUCCCUGGCUAUGAGGACACACUCUCUCAGCUUGCUGCUAUUCUUGCCAAGCACUUUGCAGAUCCUCGCAUUGUGGGGACAGACAUCAAAGACUCCCUCAUGCAAGCUCUGGCCAGCUACGUGUGCUACCCACAAUCCCUCAGGGCAGUGGAGAGGAUCCCUGAGGAGCAGCGUGUGGCUAUGAUGAAGAACCUACUGGCCCCAUAUGAGCAGAGGCCGUGGGCUCAGACUAACUGGAUCCUGGUCCGCCUCUGGAGGGGAUGUGGCUUUGGCUACAGGUACACACGACUGCCCCAUCUGCUUAAAACCAAACCUGAAGAUGCCAACCUUCCCAGUCUGCAAAAACCGUGUCCAUCACUCUUGCUCCAGAGACACAUGGCUGAGCUUCUAAGUCAGGACAAAGACAUGGCUGCAAGUUUCCUCAACAGUGUUCUCAACCAGCUCAACUGGGCCUUCUCAGAAUUCAUUGGCAUGAUCCAGGAGAUCCAGCAAGCGGCAGAGAGGCCUGAGCGGAACUUUGUGGACACGCGACAGCUGAAGGUGUGCGCUACCUGUUUUGACCUGUCCGUCAGCCUGCUUCGUGUGCUUGAAAUGACUGUCACCCUGGUGCCUGAAAUCUUUCUGGAUUGGACCCGUCCCUCUGCGGAGCUCCUCCUCCGCCGAUUGGCGCAGCUUCUCAACCAGGUGUUGAAUCGUGUGACAGCAGAGAGAAAUCUUUUCGACCGAGUGGUCAACCUCCGUCUCCCAGGCUUGGAGAGUGUGGACCAUUACCCCAUUUUGGUGGCGGUUACAGGAAUCCUUGUGCGCAUCUUAGUGGAUGGUGACAGACAAGGGGUUACCCGUGCUGCUUCGGUGCUGUUGUCUGACCCUUGCUUCCAGUUGCACUCCAUUCAACACCUUCUCGGGGAAGGGGAGGCCACUGCUGCUGGAGCUGACCGCAAACACUUCUCCCUCCAUGCCUACACUGACUAUAUCAGCACAGAGGAGGAGCAGAAGGUCGAACAGAUGCUGGCUUUCUUAACUGAAGAAUCCAAGCAAGCAGCGGCUAGCACAGCACCUACCAGUGAAGAGGACUUGUGCCCUAUCUGCUAUGCACACUCCAUUUCGGCCAUCUUCAAGCCCUGCUCCCACAAGUCCUGCAAAGCCUGCAUCAAUCAACACUUGAUGAAUAACAAGGACUGCUUCUUCUGCAAGGCCACCAUCACUGGAGUGGAAGAUUACAGCAAGCCAGCAGGGUCUUAGCAUAUACAUGAAUACAUACGCACACAUACACACAAACACACACAAAUGCACGCACACACACACACGCAUAGCAGCUUGGGGAGAAAGGAACACAGGCAUGCUAUACACUUUCUCUUACCUCAAAUAUACAUACAAUCUCUGUCUCUCUCUCUGUGUCUCUCUCUCUCCCUUUCUCUCUUUGUAAUACACAAACACAUGCACACAUUUACACAUGCACAUACAUAAACACACAAACACUUUUCCUCAAGGACUUGAUCCAUAAAGCAUUGGUCCCCGUUAAACCUUAAACCCAGAAGACCAUCUGGACAUCGACCAGGUGGUCUGAUGUGUGAGCACACCUUCAUCUGAUCGUCAUGGCAACAUCGCUCCUCCUGCUGUCUUCAGGGUUAACCAUUUCGUCUUUGGCAGACAUCAGAAUGGAGAUUUCAAGACAAAUGGUCUCACAGAGAAGCCACAGGUUGUCUCUGAGUGACGGCUGAGUGAAGGCAUGGCUGCUUGGAGGAUGCAGGAGCAGGUGGUGGGAGUCUGGGCUCGACGCUGAUGGAGAGAGGCCAGCAAGAGACAAAUGGUUUGAUCCAUCAGUCCAGUCUCUCAGUUGGGCAUCACACUCUCCACCCUGUCUCUGUGAACAAGCUCUUCAGUCA